AUGGACCCAUCACCACUGGACCAUCUCCUCCUCCUCCUCCUCCUCCUCCUCCUCCUCCUCCUCCUCCUCCUCACUGCCUACAUCACCACGGUCCGACUCCUUCGCUACCGCCGAAAGCAAGCAAUCGAAGCCCCCUUCCUCCACGGCAAAAGACCACUAUCCAGCAUGACAACCCAAGAAGCCCACACCAUCAUCACUCAACUCCAAGAACUCGAAUUUCCAUACGCCUUUAGCAAAGCUCGGAGGAUCGCCCUGCUCAAGGCAGGAGGCAUCCCAACCAUGUCCCAACUCUUCGCAGCGACCGGACAAAACAAUAAACGUAAUUCGGGUAAACGCGCCGUAGACACGGAGGUUCUUCUCCGGGAGGUGCAGUCGAAGCCUAGAGACUCGGAUCGGUAUAUAAUGGCUGUGGCGAGGAUGAACUAUCUACACGCCCGCUACCGCGCAGCCCACAAAAUCACCGACCCCGACCUCCUCCAUACCCUCGGCGACGGGCUCUCCGAGAUCCUCACCGUGAUUUCCCGCGACGAAUGGCGUUCUCUAACCGAUGUAGAGAAAUGUGCUCUAGGCAUAUUCCACAAAAACCUCGGUGAAGAUAUGGAUAUCCCUUUUACUUCGCUUUCUUCGCAUGAGGAAGGCUGGCGCGAUGGAUUACAUUUUGCGAAGGAGUUAUGUGAGUGGACGAUGCGGUAUGAAGAGGAUGUGGCCAGGCCGGUGGAGACGAAUGAUCGGUAUGUGAGGGUUUAUGUGGAUGGGGGGUUGGAGAAGGUGCCGGGUUUCGUGAGGGGGGUUGUGAGGAGGGUUUUGGCGGCGCAGGUGGAUGGGGUUAUGAGGGGGGCUCUGUGGCUUGAACAACCUGGUCCAGUUCUGUUGUUCAUACUGGGAUGUAUCCGACAAACUCGAAAGGUAUUCCUGCGGUAUUUGUCUCUCCCACGCUUUUCUCCCGUCAAGAUCGUGCAUGAGACAGCAGAUCCGACGACAAAGCGAUACUACUUUGAUCGAAAGGGUUUGCAGCCGUGGUAUAUGCAGCCGAGAUUCUGGGCCAGAUGGGGACCUGGUGCGUGGUUGGUGAGGAUACUCGGAGGAAAGGUCCCAGGUUCGCGUGGAGAUCGGUAUCAGCCGCAGGGAUAUGAUUUGCUGACGAUUGGACCGGAGCCGCAGAGGGGUAGAGGGGUGGAGGAGAUGAGGGUUGAUAUGGAUGUUAUCAAAGAGAGGGCGAUUGCUACGUGUCCGUUCUCGCAUGCUAAGUCUGGGUUUUGA